AUCGUCGUGGGAGGCAAUAUAUAAACAAAAGCAAUCCAGAGCCGACAGGGGCUGAGGUUCUCGCUUCCAGAACAGCAGAAAAAUCAAUAAUUACGUACUGCAGACAGUCUGAGUAAAGUUCAUUUAUGUUUAUAAGGAUGGAUCAAUUGUAUUUAUAGGGAAAAUAUUCGAAACAAUAUAGCUAUGUUCUGUUUGUGCAGCAUAGUCUAUGUGAUGCUGUUUGCUAGCUCAUUCAGCCUGAUUGGAUUGCUGACGGUGUUUCUGCUGUUACGGCAAUUGAUCAAAAAACAGAAGAAUAAUCGGCGGAGUAAUAAUGACAACGAUAAAUAUGUGGCUCUGUUUCAUCCGUAUUGUAACGCCGGAGGUGGCGGAGAACGUGUCCUUUGGUGCGCCGUUCGGGCUUUGCAAAACAAGUACGAUGGCAUCAAGAUCUUUAUCUAUACCGGAGAUUUGGAAGCUACACCGAAGCAAAUUUUGGAUAAGGCAGAAAGAACCUUCAACUUGAAUCUUGAUGUAAAACGGAUUAAAUUCGUGUAUUUGAAAAAGCGAAAGUGGGUCGAAGCGAAGCGGUACCCAAUGUUCACACUAUUGGGACAAAGUUUGGGAUCGAUGUUUCUGGCAAUGGAAGCACUUCUGAAGCUUCAACCGGAUGUCUUCAUUGACACGAUGGGAUAUGCAUUUACUUAUCCUAUUUUCUCUUACAUUGGGGGAUGCAAAAUUGGUUGUUAUACGCACUAUCCGACGAUUAGCACAGACAUGUUGAGGCGGGUGCAGAACAAUGUGAACACUUACAACAAUCAAGGAUAUGUGGCGAAGAAUCCUUUCGCCACGUGGUUGAAAAUAGUCUACUAUAGGCUCUUUUCCAAAAUCUACGGCAUGGUUGGGCGCUGUGCCGACACCGUGAUGGUGAACUCGACCUGGACUGAGAAUCAUAUCAUUUCCUUGUGGGAUGUCCCGUAUAAGACGCACCGGGUGUAUCCACCGUGCGAAGUAGCCCAUUUGAAGAAGCUUCAGUCGUUGGCAAGCGCACAUGAGAAGAUCAUUAUACUUUCCGUGGGUCAGUUCCGACCGGAAAAGGAUCACCCGCUACAGCUUCAAGCGAUGUACGAAUUGAGAACGCUUCUGGGCAAGGAUGAGGCUCUUUGGAACAGAUUGCGACUGAUGAUUGUUGGUUCAUGUCGUGAUGAGGAGGAUCGAGAGCGUGUCAAGAAUAUGCAGGAUCUUGCUAAGCACUUGUCGCUGGAGAACUCGGUCGAGUUUAGGGUGAAUGUUUCCUACCAAGAGCUGAUUCAGUGCUAUCAGAUUGCUUCCAUUGGAUUACAUGCGAUGUGGAACGAACAUUUCGGAAUCAGUGUUGUGGAUUGCAUGGCUGCUGGAUUGAUUAUGGUCGCAAAUAGAUCAGGCGGACCGCUGAUGGACAUAGUUGAAACCUCGGAGGGAAGCCGAAAUGGCUAUCUGGCUCUGGAUGCAUAUGAUUAUGCUAGGUAUAUCGCAACCAUUUUGUACAAUGGUCGAGAGUAUAACAAAAAGAUACGAGAAGCUGCUCGCGCUUCUGUUGACCGAUUUUCGGAGGUGGAGUUUGAAAAUGGCUUCCUGCGGGCAAUUUCUACGAUUUUGGAUGACAAGGAGUUCACUUGAAACGUCUUUACGCAAGGCGUAUUAGCUGCUUCAGUUUCGUUAUCAUUAUAAACAUUUUCUAUUCACCAAUCAUAGAAACUUGGUUUGUCAGAUAAAAUAAUAAAACCCCAAUUAGUAUAUUGUUAAA